AUGUACAGACCCGCACCGCCUCGACCGAAGAAGACCAGCAUAGUCCGCUCGCGUACAGGCUGCAAGCUAUGUCGCCAGCGCCGUGUCAAAUGUGAUGAAACUAAGCCAUCAUGCGGGGCAUGUACCCGGGCAGGCAAGGCCUGCGAACAAGUGUCACCAAGCUUCAGCUUCAACAAUCGAACUGCCUCUGUGCACAGAGCUGUAUCGAAGCCCCUUCAGCAUGUGCGAUGGCAGCCAUUCUACAAGUCUACUUCACCAUCCAGUUUGCGGGUAUACGAAGCUAGCGGAGCAACCCGCAAGUCGGAACAGGUGGUCCCGUUGAGCGUCUGCAAAGCACAAACCCAAGAAGAUCCUGACCGAGAUGUAGAUGAGUUGCGAAGACUUGCCUCGGCUGAGUCUUUCCUGCACAUCGACACUGUGAUUGAUUUCAGAAUCGUCGAAAGUGAAUACUUCUACCUGAACUACUGGGAAAGCUCAUGCAUCGAUGCUCUGGGCCGUCUCUUCCACGGCAUCAACUCCAUCCUUCACACAGAUAAUGUUUUAAAACACUCCCUGCUUGCCUUGGCAUCCUGCAACGUCAGCCGACGCUCUCCGGAGGGCCACACAAAUCAGGGCAGACUAAUCAUCUUGCCCAAUCGUACUCAUCAACUAUCCAGCCAGCGGUACUACAGUUUUGCGGUUGGCGAAACUGCAAGAACCUUACAAGCAAAGGCUGCAUCGUCGCCAUUGACAACCUUGGCCAUACUGGUGCUCUUCUGCUUCAUGGAGACAGCUAUGGGAAACUUCCGAGGGUUCGGAUGGCAUUGCCAGGGAAUUGCCCAGAUAAUUGAUCUGCAGCUUCCACACCUAUCUAAAGACGCACUUGGCAAGGAACUCAUUGCCGCCUGGCUUGCAUCAAGGCUCCAUAUGUGGUGGCGCAGAAUGUACUUCACCACGUUUGCUCUCCAACUCAGCCAAAGGUCGCUCUCUGUUUCACCGCAAUUGACGCAGGUGCUGCGGACAAUUGAUGCUCAGAAAACUCUGCUUGUAUCCAUUCUGUGCGAGUCGCACCGGCUGAACACGAUCGCCACUCUUCAGGUCUUAUCAGAAACCUGUGCGCGAAGCCUGGCUGCCUGCACCGUCGACGAAUGCAUGUCAUCAUUGGAGGCAGAAGGGCAAAAGCUUGACGAGUGGCAUUCUCGCCUCGAUCCGUCUCGGCUCCCCUUUGAUGUGCUGCCCCAACCUCCGCAUGGCCGUUUUUCUGAGAUCGAAUUUCCACUGUUAUUUCAUUCCUACGAGGCAGCAGUCAACUAUGCAUACUACAGUGCAGCGCGGAUUAUGCAAUGCACAGCAGUACUCUAUCCUAGAGUAGAGUCCGACGAAGACCAAGAAACUCGGCCACGAAAGCACCAAGCCGUCACUACAUCCUGGAUGACCAUCCUGCUUCGUACUGUCGCAGGCUUGGAUAUUAUCGAGUGUGCUAGCAGAAAUACCUAUUCUAUCGGUAUUGCGAGCUUACUUCUGGCUUGCAUCCUCAAGUGUGAUGAUCUCACAUGCGGAUUGCAAGUACAGGAUUGGCUGCAAAAGUGCGUUGACCUCGCGAUCCUUGAAGAGGGAAGCUUUCCGAUCGCACAAACCCUGGGUGCUGUCCGCAUCAUCAAUGAGGAACGUGUCGCUGGAAGGGAUGUCUACGCGAUUGGUUUGUUGGAAGAUGACGGCGGUGGGUCGGGAAAGUAUUCGUCUUACAACAGUCAAAGGUUCCGGGACUUUGUCAUUUUAGGACGGAUGAGGGUGGAUGACUCAAUAUACUCCAAGAAUAUUAGUAUAAGAUCAGGCUGA